AUGGAAACUGCCGCAGAAAUAGCGCAGCAGCGCAUCAUCCACUUGCGAAAGACAAUUGCCUAUGGCAAGACGCAGCCCAAGCGAUUCUUGCCCCAUUUCCUCCAAAAAUGGGAGGAGGAGAUUGCCAGCCUUUUGCCGAUCGCCAAUCCUUUGCCGGCGUCGCCAAACCCAGAGACGAGUGCCGCUCCUGGGAAGGAGGAAAAGAAGGUUGCCGAACUGAGCGGAAGCCUGUGGGUUCCCAAGAGUGCUCUCAUGAAGAAGUACUUUGGAAACGAAUUGCCGCUGCCACCUUCGAGACCAUCAAUGUCUCUUCCUCCACAGACCCCUGCCCCUGCCCCGGCCACGACCAACGAGAGGGAAACAACUGCCGGGCCCAUCAACGGCCUGUCGAGAGCCGACGCUCACCGUGCCGCGAGGGAUUCCUGGUGCAAGGAGCAUGGCCUGGAUCCCAACGAUGAGAUCAGCGGGUGGAAGUACGCGGAAUUCCGGCGACGUGGGGGAAGAUGA